GAUGUGACGAAUCCUUGGCAGUGGGUGACCAACAUCCGGAACCGCCCUCCGCCAGCUCUCGCCCCCCCCCCCCAACCUCGCCCUUAACUCUCCAUCCUUCUCGCCCUCCACUUCAUAACAAGCAACUCUAUCGCAUCGGGUGAACUUCACUACACUCAACUUCAGCUUCUUGUCACUAUACAUACACAGACCUACACACACACAGUCCUUCUACCCACUACUCUACCAACUCCACAUCACUCAAACUUGCAGCCAUGAAGUCGUUCGGUAUCCUCGCCGCGAGCUCGUUGAUCGGCUCAGCGAUGGCUGGCAUCCAUCGCAUGCCUCUCCAGAAAGUUCCCCUUUCUGAUCAGCUGUCGGGCUAUGAUAUCGACACCCAGGUCCGCGCUCUUGGCCAGAAGUACAUGGGCAUCCGCCCCCAGAAGCACCAGGAAGCCAUGUUCAGCACGCAGGAAAUCGAUGGAAAGAAGGGCCACCCUGUCCCAGUUUCCAACUUCCUCAACGCGCAAUACUUCUCAGAGAUCACUAUUGGUAACCCGCCGCAAUCGUUCAAGGUUGUUUUGGACACUGGUAGCUCGAAUCUCUGGGUUCCUUCCACCCAGUGUGGCUCGAUCGCAUGCUUUCUCCACAGCAAGUACGACUCGUCGUCUUCCUCAACAUACUCCGCCAACGGAACCUCUUUCGAGAUCCGAUAUGGUUCUGGCAGUUUGAGCGGAUUCGUCUCUCGCGACGACGUAUCGAUCGGAGACAUUUGCAUCAAGAAUCAGCUGUUCGCUGAGGCAACUUCGGAGCCCGGUUUGGCGUUUGCCUUCGGUCGCUUCGAUGGUAUCCUCGGUCUUGGCUACGACACAAUCUCGGUCAACCACAUCCCUCCUCCCUUCUACAACAUGAUUGAGCAGGGUAAGCUCGACGAGCCUGUCUUUGCAUUCUACCUCGGCAGCACCGAUCAGGAGAGCGAGGCCAUCUUCGGUGGUAUUGACGAGAAGCACUACACCGGAAAGAUGGUGAAGCUCCCUCUCCGCCGCAAGGCUUACUGGGAGGUCGACUUCGACACCAUCACUUUCGGAGAUGAGUCUGCAGACCUUGACAACACCGGUGCCAUCGUUGACACCGGUACGUCCUUGAUCGCCCUUCCCACCACCAUUGCCGAACUUUUGAACACGCAUAUGGGAGCCAAGAAGCGCUGGGACGGACAGUACACUAUUGAGUGCGCCGCGCGUGAUUCGCUUCCCGACCUUACCUUCACACUUACUGGUCACAACUUCACCAUCACCUCUUACGAUUACAUCCUUGAGGUUCAAGGCUCUUGCAUCAGCGCCAUCAUGGGCAUGGACUUCCCGGCGCCCGCUGGUCCUCUGGCCGUCCUUGGUGACGCCUUUUUGAGGAAAUACUACUCGGUCUACGAUCUGGGUAACAACGCUAUCGGUCUUGCCAAGGCGAAAUAAGUGCGAUUAUACGGGUUUUAUGUGUGUAUUGUAGGAUGACUCAUUUACGGAGAAUGGAGUGCGCUGGCCUGAGUGGGAAACACUUAAUGCAUCGUGUUCCUUGGAUUGGGGUUUUCUUGUCGUUUUUUUGUAUUGUUAUUUGAAUGAUUUGAGUCUCUUUUUUGUCGUGAACGAUCGUGCUUUGCUUUUGGUGCUGAGACCAGCGUGCGGCAUUUAUUAUUGGAGCUGAAAGUGUAAUCAUACCUUCUUGUUCGAAUGCAGCUGAAUAUAAUGAUUUUACACUCA